AUGCGUAACUCCGCUAAAGUGAUCCUGGUGAAAUGGAACGAGCCGUACCAGAAGCUGGCGUCGUGCGACAGCUCGGGCAUCAUCUUCGUGUGGAUCAAGUACGAGGGCCGCUGGAGCAUCGAGCUCAUCAACGACCGCAACACGCCCGUCACGCACUUCUCGUGGUCGCACGACGGCCGCAUGGCGCUCAUCUGCUACCAGGACGGGUUUGUGCUGGUGGGUUCCGUGGCGGGGCAGCGCUACUGGUCAUCCAUGUUGAACCUCGACUCUACCAUCACCUGCGGGAUCUGGACGCCGGAUGACCAACAGGUAUACUUUGGCACGACGUCCGGGCAGAUCAUUGUAAUGGACGUUCACGGCGCCAUGGUAUCGCAAGUGCAACUGGGCACAGACGUCGGUAUCACCAGUAUGGCGUGGUCCUGCGAGAAGUUCAAGAUGGAAGAAGGCGACGAUUCCGAUCCAGUGGGCCCGCAAACUGGUGAGCAUUUACAGCCAUAGUCAUGUGGAAGACAUAUUUCUAUGAAUAAAUAU